AUGCAUAGUCCCUCCGGCGGCGUUUCGGCUGGCUGGACGAUGGUCGAUCCUGUCGCGUCAGGCACCGACUCAACGGAGCGAGAUGGAGAAGCUACGAAGGUCAAGCGUCGCAAGUCCCUGACGCAGUCGAUCCGAGCGAGGCUAUCGCGGUCCAACUCGUCAGCUAGUCGUCCGUCGUCUGCCGGCUCUGGGAGCACAGCAGAUCUUCCACCGCCCGUACCGCCGUUGCCCAGAAGCUUCUCCUCAAAUGGUUUGCCCAGCGCGCCCAGCACCUCCGCCGCUUCCACCACACCCUCCGAGCAGAGCGUCACCCGAACCGACCUCGAGCAAGCAUGGCAGACCAUCACACCGCCCUCCUUUCCCUUGCCGCCUCAACACACGUCGUGCUACUGCGAGGAAAACAUCUAUCUGCUCGCCCGCGCUCUCUCCCCCCAGCUUGCAGAGAUCAACCUCGCAGCCGCCAACAUCGCGCGUCGGCAGCGAGCCCGCAAAUCCACUUCGUCCGGCUCGAACGCGCUCUUUGUGCCGAUAUGGGACCUCGACGUCGUCUUCAUCAGCAAUGCGAGCAAGACGGUGCUGCUGUACAACCAACGGGCGUCGCACCUGCCUGCUGCGGGGUGGCCCGUGAUAUGGGAUUACCACGUUGUCGCAGUGGUCAGCUGCCACCUUGUACCCCUUCGAGAACUCGCCCUUACACCAACUGGGAGCUUUUCAGCACCUCCUUGCUUCGAAGGGCAAGGGCAGUGGACCAGGAGCUGGGUCUACGACCACGACUCUCGACUGUCCUACCCUUCCAACCCAACCGACGGGCCAAAGGUGGUCGACUGGAAGGAAUACAACAGGCACACCUUCGGAGAUCAGACUGAGGUGACGGAGCACUUUCGCGCAAUGUUUCGCAGCGUUCCGGCGAAUUUGUUCGAAGCGCACUUUGCGAGCGAUCGAAGUCACAUGCGGUACGAUGCACCGCAGGUGGAUGGCAAGGUGUGGCAUGCGGAACCGCCAGCGUGGCAGGUCAUCGUGGGGGAGGAGGCAAGGAGAGAGGGCGUGCGGAACAACUUGAUGGACAAAUACGUCGACGUGAUGUUCAAAGAGGAUGACGACAAGUAUGGGAGGGUUUGGGAAGGGAAGGAUUGGUUAGGCGGGGAGUGUGUGCCCCGGGAGAGGGUGCUAGGUGGGUCGGUCGGGGCCUUGCCAUCGACUGAACCAGGCAAAGAGAAAAGCAGGAGCGCCGAGUCAGGCUCGUCAGGAGCGGACAAGCUUACCAUGGUGAGCGAUCCAGCCGUUGCGAGCCUCGCAGCACCGACCUCGACGCGGGAGCAGCCCCUUGUGUCGGCAGAAAGCAGGAUGGGCGAGCGCAUAGCCUCGCCUCUCUUCCCAGCCUACCUGCACGCUUCCCAGCAGCAUCGGCUGUCACCAGCGACACACACGUCUAUAUCGUAA